AUGAAAAUCCGUGAGAAGUUCAUUGACUUCUUCCGUCUUUAUGACCACCAGUAUGUCCACUCGUCCGCCACCAUACCUUUGGACGACCUCACACUACUCUUCGCCAAUGCUGGCAUGAACCAGUUCAAACCUGUUUUCCUGAACACCAUUGACCCGUCCCACCCCAUGGCCAGACUCAAGCAUGCAGCUAACACACAGAAGUGCAUCUGCGCUGGGGGCAAGCACAAUGACCUGGAUGAUUUGGGCAAGAACGUGUACCACCACACCUUCUUUGAGAUGCUGGGCUCCUGGUCCUUUGGAGACUACUUUAAGCACCUUGCCUGUACCAUGGCCCUGGAGUUGCUGACUAAGGAGUUUGGGAUUCCCAUCGAGUGCUUGUAUGUCACCUACUUCGGGGGUCACGAAGAAGCUGGGCUGGAGCCGGAUCUGUAGUGUAAACAGAUCUGGCUGGACCUUGGGUGACCUUCUGCUCGUAUUCUGCCAGGCAGCAUGAAGGAUAACUUCUGGGAGACGGACACAGGUCCUUGUGGGCCCUGCAGUGAGAUUCACUUUGACCGUAUCGGGGGGAYAGAUGCUACCUGCCUGGUCCAUAUGGACGACCCCAACGUGCUGGAGAUCUGGAACCUGGUGUUCACCCAGUUCAACAGGGAGUCUGAGACAGAGCUGAAUCCCCUGCCUAUGAAUGUUGAUACAGGCAUGGGUCUGGAGCGUCUUGUCUCUGUUCUGCAGAACAACAUGUCCAACUAUGACACAGACCUGUUCAUCCCCUACUUCCAGGCCAUCAUGAAGGGCACAGGAGCUAGGGACUACACAGGAACGGUUGGUGCUGAGGACGUAAAUGGCAUUGACAUAGCCUACUGUGUCCUGGCWGACCACGCCCGCACCAUCACCAUCGCCCUCUCUGAUGAGGGCAGGCCAGACAACACAGGGAGAGGGUGCCCUUUUAACUGUCUGGCUUUGUGUUGCUCUCACGAGAAGCUGGGUACUCAUAGAGGCUUCUUUGCCACCUUAGUUGAUGUGGUGGUAGAGUGCCUAGGUGAUGACGUCCCUGAGCUGAAGAAGGACCAUGACAUGGUGAAGGAUAUCGUCAAUGAGGAGGAGGAGCAGUUCCUCAAGACACUCAGCAGGGGGCGAAAGAUCCUGGACAGAAAGAUCCAGAGUCUGGGAGACAGCAAGACCAUCCCUGGUGACACAGCCUGGUUGCUGUAUAACACAUACGGUUUCCCAAUGGAUCUCACUGCCCUCAUCGCUGAGGAGAGGGGGAUGAUGGUGGACGUUACAGAGGGGGAUGAUGGCUUUCUCCUCCAUGUCCCAGGGAAGGGCUCUGGGGAUGAGGACCACAUCAUGCUGGACAUCUAUGCCACCGAGGACCUACGCAAUAAGGGCAUCGCUGCUACUGACGACUCACCCAAGUACAGCUACAGUGCUGAUGACAGUGGCAAAUAUGAGUUUGAGCAGGCUGUGGGGAGAGUACUGGCUCUGAGAAGGGAGUGUGCCUUCGUGGAUGAAGUAAUGACAGGGCAGGAGUGUGGGGUUCUGCUGGACCAUACCUCAUUCUAUGCUGAGCAGGGAGGACAGAGCUUUAACGGGGGCUACAUGCUGAGGAAGGACGACUCUGGAGAUGACAGGAUGGAGUUCACAGUGAAGAACACUCAGGUUCGUGGUGGAUAUGUGCAGCUUGUAGGAACGGUUUAUGGCACUCUGGAGGUGGGCAAUUGCGUCAUCCUGCACGUGUAUGAGGCUGGUCAUAGGCCCAUCAAAAGUAACCACACUGCCACCCACAUCCUGAACUUUACCCUGCGGGUCCUGGGAGAGGCUGACCAGCGUGGCUCCCUGGUGGCUCCUGACCGCCUGCACUUUGACUUCACCGCCAAGGGUGCUCUGCGCACAGGAGCGGUGCGACGCACAGAGAAGAUUGCCUGUGCCAUGCUGCCUAGACCUGGCACCCCGCUCUCUCUCACCCUCUUCUGGACAUCAGCCUUGUUGGAACGGUCCAGGUCAUCCAUGGUCUUCUUCAGUCCCUUCAAAGCCUCCCUCAUCUCAUCUUUCUCCCACUGGGAGAUCACCGCUAUGCCCAGAGACUGCAACAACACACCACUGGUAGUCAUGGAGAUGGAAAAUGGAGUCUCUGCCAAGGCUCUGAAUGAGUCUCUGAAGCUGCUGAAGACCCAGUCCCCCCAGACUGCUGCUAUGCUCUUCACAGUAGACAAUGAAGCUGGAAAGAUCAUCUGUUUAUGCCAGGUUCCCCAAGAUGUUGCCAACCGAGGUCUGAAGGCCAGUGAGUGUGUGCAGGAGCUUAGCCCUCUGAUGGAUGGCAAGGGUGGUGGCAAGGAUAUGUCUGCCCAGGGCACUGGCAGGAACACACACUGUAUAGCAAAGACACCACAGAUGGCCAACCAGUUUGCCUGCCUUAAACUGGGUGAAAACUAA